AUGGCGGUGUACACAUUGUUUUGCGAAGGCGUUCAACGCAAGUAUAAAGCUAGCUUAUGCUCGAAGGCAACUGUGUUUAUUGUGUUUCUAACCUUUGCAACAGUCGUAAUUCCAUUCAUCUUCGCUUACAAGGACCUAGGGUUCUGGAAAAAGAUUGAUCAGUACCAAGAACAGCCCGAAGUUCGGUUCAAACGUCGUCUGAUAGUUGUGCUGGAAGGUGGCGAAGGACUCGUAUUUUGGAGUUCGUACCCAUUCUUAAACUCUCAUGCUACAGGAUUGAGCGUGCCCUUUGUAGAGGAUGUGGAGGAAGACUUCGAUUAUGAUGGGAAAAUGGACGAGCUGAGUCUCGGCAUUCAAAUGCCGCUACCAAGAAAAUUUGACGUGCUUUGUGUGAAAAUCCUUCUUCUGUUUGAUUGUAGGAUUGCGACCUACACCAGGGUGUCAUAUGAGGGGGUAGCAUUUAUAGACCAUUCCUCCAGCAUUUCGGGCUCGGAACUAUCCCUGGCAGCAGAAUUGAGGCUUCAUCAGAAAGAACUGCUACGACCUGGUUCACAUGACAGCCGCUUUGAGCAUUCCAUCAUCACACAAGACAGUUCUAGCAUGUCUUCAUUCAGUCUUGACUACAUUCUAGAUCUGUACUCAAAACGAAAUGUGACAACACAGCUGUCCAGUGUCCAAAGCACGUGGAGGGCUGCCUCAAAUGCUACGCAUUUCUUUGCCAAACUGAGGAUCAAGUACCCAGUAGAGAUUUUGUGGUAUCGUCCCGGGGUUUGGCAAGUCCUGAAGCAUGCCUGGACCCAGUAUUUGGCAUUUCUUGCUAUUUUUCUUUUACUGGGUGAAAGAAUGAAGGAGUUUGUAUUUGGGAAUCAAAUCCUUGAAACUUACCAGUCAUUAUAGCUGGGAGUGACCAGUGCAUGGAGUACUGUCUAACUGUUCAGAUGCUUCCAGCAGUGUGCAGCACGGACCCAGGGCACCCAUUGUGCACUCCUUAUGGUAAUUUGCACAGCUCUUACAGCACAGGUCAGUAUCAGUUUUGUUUUGUUAUUUGUGCUAUUGCCCUUGCUAUUUACUGUGCUUCAAAUAAUUUUACUUCACUUACACUAAAGUUCAUGCUGCACAUGAUUAUCAGCAAAGGGAAAAGGGAGGGUAAUUGAAAAGGCACUCUGAUAACGGGAAAGGGUGGAGAAGCCGUAUUUAUAAAGUGUUUGACGUGAGUGUAAAGACAGUUAAGCAUAUGCACAUUUUAUUUAUUUAUUUUUCUUUUACACUGCAGCACAGUGGUCUGUAUAUUACAUUAUAUAUCUCUUUAAGCGCAUGCAGGCAAAUCGGGCUUAGUGCAUGGACUAGAGGAAUGAAACUGCGUAAGAAGUCCCAGCAUGUAAACAUAACAUCACGGUUAAAAGCUGCACCAUCUUUUGUUCUGCAUCCAUGGCUCUUUUGUAUAAUUCAAACAGGCGGCUUAUGUAAUCAAAUGUCAUCAACAUGUAAAAAAA